UAAGCGUGAUAUCUGCCCUCACUGUUGCACAGUAAUUGAAAUAUUUGAGAUAUUUGUUUAUAAAAGCUUCGAAGUGUAUUAAAAAUGUUCGCGUCCAGAUUUGUAACAGCUUCAAAAUUUAUCCGGCAGUUUGCCACAAAAUCCGAGGACAUUGCCGGCAUGAUUAAAAACAACAAGGUAGUGGUAUUCAUGAAGGGCGUUCCUGAAGAGCCAAGAUGCGGUUUCAGCAAUGCCGUUGUACAAAUCAUGAGAAUGCAUGGAGUACAGUACGAUGCACAUGAUGUUCUUAAAGACGAAACCCUCAGACAAGGCAUUAAGGAGUUUUCAAACUGGCCUACCAUCCCACAAGUGUUUAUCAAUGGGGACUUUGUCGGAGGGUGCGACAUUCUUCUGCAAAUGCAUCAAAACGGUGAGCUCAUCGAAGAGCUGAAAAAAGUUGGUAUCGAGAGUGCGCUUUUAACACAAGAGCAAAGCAAAGAGAAAGAUAGCACCAAGUCAGAAAAUAAUUAGAUCUCUUAAGUCCUAUAAAUAUAUUUGUAGAUAUUUUGUUGUUCCUUGUUAAUAAAAGUUUUUUAUGUUAAGAUUAACUUCAUCACAUGACAAGAAA